GCUGCACUAUAUAUUUUCGGAGGCAAAUUUACGCGGUAUACCUCGGUUUUAUGGAAAUUCUUGCGUGUGCACAAGCGCACGUUCCGUAAAUAAUUCGCGAAACUUCCCUUGGAUCACUGUGCGAUGAGUGCUCAGCCACGGACAACUCCGAACUAUAUUCUCAAAUAUACUCUGUCUGGUCACACGAAAUCCGUAUCGUCUGUCAAGUUUAGCGAAAAUGGUCAAUGGCUCGCUAGUUCUUCUGCCGAUAAGCUUGUCAAAAUAUGGAAUGCAUAUGAUGGAAAGUUUGAAAAAACAAUCGCUGGACAUAAGUUGGGAAUAUCGGAUGUCUCCUGGUCUUACGAUUCAAGAUUUUUAUGCAGUUCAUCAGACGAUAAAACACUGAAACUCUGGGAUCUCGUCACGGGCAAGUGCUUGAAAACGUUGAAAGGCCACAGCAAUUACGUAUUCUGUUGCAACUUUAACCCACAAUCCAACUUAAUUGUCUCCGGUUCAUUUGACGAAAGCGUUAAAUUGUGGGAUGUCAAGACGGGCCGUUGCAUCCGCACUCUUCCCGCCCAUUCAGACCCCGUCACAGCCGUUCAUUUUAAUCGGGAUGGAGCAUUGAUAGCUUCCAGCAGCUACGAUGGUCUGUGCCGUAUUUGGGACACCGGCUCCGGGCAAUGCCUGAAGACUCUAAUAGACAACGAUAACCCCCCUGUCUCCUUCGUCAAGUUCUCUCCCAAUGGAAAAUACAUUCUUGCUGCCACUUUAGACAGCUGUCUCAAAUUAUGGGAUUACACAAAGGGUAGGUGUCUCAAAGUAUACACUGGGCAUAAAAAUGAAAAAUAUUGCAUAUUUGCCAAUUUCUCUGUUACUGGCGGCAAGUGGAUAGUUUCUGGUUCCGAAGACAAUAUGGUUUAUCUAUGGAAUUUACAGACAAAAGAGGUGGUUCAGAAGUUGGAGGGUCAUUCCGAUGUGGUUUUGUGCACAGCUUGCCACCCUCAGAUUAAUAUGAUUGCUUCCGCCUCGUUGGAGAAUGACAAAACCAUCAAAUUGUGGGCUAGCGAUACUUAACAAUUUGUACACAAUUUUUAACGCAGUAUUUUUGUUAUUUCUCGUAUGAUGACAUAAAUGACCGUACCUUUU